AUGGCAGCGGGUGAGUGACGGGCGCGGCGGAAGCGGCGCGGGCGCCAUGGGGGGCUCGGCCAGCCUGCUGCGGCGGGAGGCUCUGAGCGAGUACCAGGAGCUGACGUUCCUGAGCAAGCAGGAGAUCCUGCUUGCCUACAAGAGGUUCCGUGAACUGCUGCCAAAGGAGGAGAGGGAGAAUGCCUGCUCCGCGCGCGUUCCCAAGAGCCAGAUCCUGACGUUGCCUGAGCUGCGGGCAAACCCCUUCCAGCACCGGAUCUGCCGAGUGUUCUCCACCUCGGAGGACGGGGAUGACAGCAUGUCCUUCGAAGACUUCCUCGACAUGCUGAGCGUCUUCAGUGACUCCGCCACCUCGGACAUCAAAUCCCACUACGCCUUCCGCAUCUUUGACUUUGAUGAUGAUGGGACUCUGGACAGAAAGGACCUGGAGAAACUGGUGAACUGUCUGACUGGGCAAGGCGAGGACUCCCGGUUAAGCAACGCAGAGAUGGAGCAGCUGAUCCAAAAUAUCCUGGAGGAGUCUGACAUCGACAAGGAUGGCACCAUCAACCUCUCCGAGUUCCAGCACGUUGUCUCCCGCUCUCCAGACUUUGCCAGCUCCUUCAAGAUCAUCCUGUGAGAGCCCUGGAGCCCUCUGGGAAAACUGCUCUGGCUGCUGCAGCUUGUCGUGGUCUCAGGCAUUUCCUCUUCCAGCAGCACAGCAGAGCUCCCCACUCCACAUCAGCACAGCCAUGCCACAGUGCCUUGGGCAGGACCUGCCCCCUGCCCUCCACAGAGGUGGGCCCUGGGCAGCUGGCCUGCAGCCCCUCUGUUCUCCCAGGAUUGGAUUUUAACUCCUUAUGCAAUCCAAGGGCAGCACCCAGCACAGCCCCUCUCUGCCCUCAGCUCCAAUUCAUGCCUUCCACUAGCAGGCAGGGACCUGCCUUCCCCCUGUCCUGCUCUCUCCAGGGGCCUCCCUGCUGCAACCUGGAUCCCUUUCUCUAAGCAAUAACCCAAAUGUGGAUCCUUUUAUCCAAGCAAUAAUCCAAACUUGGAUCAGUUUCUCCAAGCAGUAACCCAGUGGAUCCAUUUCUCCAAGCAAUAACCCAAACCUGGAUCCAUUUCUCCAAGCAAUAACUCAGUGGUGCCCUGGCUGUGCCAUCCUGGUGUCCCCCCCCACAGCUGCACAGGACACCUCCCUCCUGCCCGCAGCCGCCUUGGUGCCUGCUCCCCUUCUUCCCUUCCCUCUGCCCCUCCUUGGCUCCAGCUCAGCAGCUGCUCUGCUGGCCUUGGCCUCUUCCCCCCCUGCUCCUGCGAGGACACAAAUAAAGGGCUCUGGUUUCA